GAGCGUGCGUGCUAGAAAGGUUGUCAAGGCAACACUGGACUCAGACAACAAGUUGUGCGACCUGAUCAGCGAAACGUUGAAUUGCUCUGAAAACAGAAAGCGCUAUAACCACAUUGAAUGCCCUGGGUUAAACGAAAAAGGGAAAAAACAAAUCUAAAGUAAACUAUCUCAGACGCAGGCGUUUCAGAGCAAAAGAGAAAUCUUGAGUCCUGCAGACUCAAACCAUGGCUGUGCCCUUGUCAAAUACCAACCUGCGAGUUCCACAAGGAUUUGGAAAUGUCCUGGAAGGACUGACCAGGGAAAUCCUCCGGGAACAGCCGGCAGAUAUCCCAACCUUUGCGGCACUCUACUUUAAAAUGCUGGUGAAAAAGAGACAAGAAACUGAAUUUGAUUCUGCAGAGUGGGGUGCUAAAAUUGAAGAUAGAUACUACAAUAACCGUGCCUUCCAGGGUCGGCACACAUUCACUAUUGAAGAGCAUAAAGCAGCUGUGAAGAUCCAGGCCACCUACAGAGGGUUUAUAACUCGAAAGAAGUUGAAGAGUGCGAAGGGUCAUCGCUUUGGUGAAGACAAAGACCAUCUAGAUUCUGACUUCUUUGCUUCUGGGUUGUUUGAUGACUCCCAUGAUAUACAAAGGCGUCGUGGGUUAAUGGCUGCCUCAAGUGAGGACCUUGAAGGGUUUGCUGCAGGGCACCACUUGACAGAAGGUGAAGAAGACACAACCUUUUCUCUUGGUGAUGAUAUCUCGAUUGAGAGGCGUUGGCAGGGUGAUGAAGACCUUGCUGAACUACUGGAGAAGUCUGUGCAAGGUCAGAGGGAUGGAGCUGACCAUGACUUCAGUGGGAGUGAGCUUGAGGAUGACAAAGAUGCCCUAUAUGCCAGCCAAGCUGACCUGGAUCAACAAGCCCGCCAUUUAGAACAUGCAUCUCUGAGGCACCGUGGCUCUCAGAGAGCAUCUUUUGAGGAUGGUGGGGAUGGCAGAGUAUCUUGGGGCACACAGACCACUUUUGAUAAAGGAGAUGAUGCUACCCAGUUGCAUGGAAUUAGUUUGGAUGAACUUGAAAGGCUUCGAAGGGCCCUGGAAGAGCAGUCAAGAGCUGGCAGGUCUGGUGGCGAAGGCAAUGAGGGAAUUGACCAGACCCAAGGUGAUCAGGCAGGUGCUGGCGAGGGUCAGGAAGGGGGGGACCAGGGUGCCCAGGAAGGAGCAGCAGCAGGUGCAGGAGCAGAAGAUGGAGCAGAAGAUGGAGCAGGAGAUGACCAACAUGACAUUGCUGGAGUAAAGCAAGAUGAAGAUGACUAUUAUGAUGAUGAAGCUCCUGAAGAAGACCAGGAUGAGCCCCCAGGCCAUGGUGCAGGCGAAGCGGACAGCACGGGUCUUCAGGAAUUAGAGCCUGUCCCCGUAGCAUCAGAUGCAAAGGAAGAACUAGAACUGGAUACGACGCCAGUUCAGCAUUGGGCAAGUAUAAAAAGCUUCAUUCAUCUGUUGUCAGAUCCACUUAAUUCAAAUCAGGAUCGCAAGGCAGCCAGUGUCUACCCAGGCAGCACCAGUAGAAAGACAGGGUAGCAGUCCAUCACAGGGUCCAUUCAGACAAACAUAUCAAUAUAUUCAUUCAGACUAGGUCAAUUUAGGGAUGCCAAUCAACUUAAGAUGCAUACUGCACUUAUUUGUGAUGUGAAAGAGAAACUGAGGUAUCUGAAAGAAAAAAGUGAAAGAAGGUGC